AUGGAAGAUCUCUUGAGCCGUUUGCCACUGGACGAGAAAGUGCUACUACUUACAGCUCGUGCUAGUCCCUAUGGAAAUAUGAGUACGAUAGGUCUUCCAGAGUAUAAUUGGGGUGCUAAUUGUGUCCAUGGAGUCCAGUCCACAUGUGGCACAAAUUGUGCAACGUCGUUCCCGAGUCCCGUCAAUAUGGGGGCAAUUUUUGAUCCAGAAGCAGUUUUUAACAUGACACAAGUCAUUGGCUGGGAACUACGUGCUCUGUGGCUUGAAGGAGCUAGAGAGAACUAUGCUUUAGGUCCUCACUUGGGACUUGAUUGCUGGUCUCCUAAUAUUAACAUUAACAGAGAUCCUCGAUGGGGACGUAACAUGGAGACACCGUCAGAAGAUCCACUGGUCAAUAGCAGGUAUGGCGUCGCCUAUACUAAAGGGUUGCAGGAGGGCAAAGACAGUCGUUUCUUGCAGGCAGCCGUGACGUUGAAACACUAUGCGGCGUAUUCAUACGAAUCCUACGGCGGAAUUGACCGCAGGGCUUUUAAUGCUGUCGUGUCGAAAUUUGACUUUGCAGACACGUACUUGCCGGCAUUCCAGGCAUCGAUCCUGGAAGGCAAGGCCAAGGGGAUCAUGUGUUCGUACAAUCGUGUUAACGGCAUACCCAUGUGUGCCAAUGAAGAGCUGAAUACCAAGUUGCUGCGUGACGCACUGGGGUUUGAUGGCUAUAUCACGAGUGAUUCAAGUGCGAUUGAAGGAAUAUACCGCUAUAAUCAUACCAAGUCGUUGUGUGAAGCGGGACGGCUUGCAAUUUUAUCUGGAACGGAUGUCAACAGUGGCAGUGUGUACAAGAAGUGUUUGGCAGAGCUUGUGGCUAGUGGACAGGUGUCUGAAAAGGCCGUAGACGAUGCAGUUAGAAGGACACUGAAGAUCCGGUUUGAGCUAGGCUUAUUUGAUCCCAUCGACGAUCAGCCGUACUGGCAUGUGCUACCAAGCGAGGUGAACACGGCUGAAUCCAAGCAACUAAGUCUUAACCUUACACGUAAAUCGCUGGUUUUACUGCAGAACCACGGCAAUAUUUUGCCACUACGCAAAGACAAAAAGCUAGCAGUAAUUGGGCCGCAUGCGAAGGCGAAACGUGCUCUACUUGGUAACUAUCUGGGUCAAAUAUGCCACGGUGACUACUUAGAUGUUGGGUGUGUCCAGACACCACUGGAAGCGAUUACCGAUGUCGUUGGUAAAAGUAACAUCUUGUACGCCGAAGGGUGCGGUAUUAAUGACACGUCUACCGCCGACUUUGACGCCGCUAAAGCAGCUGCACAAGAAGCGGAUUUUGUUGUUUUCUUCCUGGGCAUCGACACGUCCAUUGAACGCGAGGGGCGAGAUCGUGAGAACAUUGAUAUGCCCGAUAUUCAGAUGCAGCUUCUUAAGCAAGUUCGUCGUGUUGGCAAGCCCACAGUUGUUGUGCUGUUAAACGGCGGCGUGGUGGGUGCUGAGGAACUCAUCUUGUACACAGAUGCUGUUUUAGAGGCGUUCUAUCCUGGAUUCUUCGGUGCCCAAGCCGUGAGCGACAUUCUUUUUGGAGACGCUGUCCCAAGUGGCAAGUUGCCUGUUACCAUGUACCCGUCCAACUAUAUUGAUAAGGUGGACAUGAAGAGUAUGAGCAUGACUAUAUACCCUGGCCGCUCCUAUCGCUUCUACCAGGAGGUGCCUGUGUUUCCGUUUGGCUGGGGACUGAGCUACACUAUAUUUACGUUAGCUUUGGCUAAUGCGAGUAAUGUGGCGGGCUCGAACGAAGCUCUUGUGGUGACACGUAAUUUGGACCAGACCAUUACCGUCAUUGUAUCGAAUGACGGUAAUUUUGCUGGAGAUGAAGUCGUGUUUGCAUUCUUCCGUCCAGUAGAUUUGGACGUGACCGGCACAGCUGCUUUACUGAAUGAACAGUUGUUUGACUACCGUCGCGUGAGUCUGAGACCCGCGAAGUAUUGUAAGCUCAGUUUCCGUAUUGAGCAACGAACUUUUGCGAUGGUGGAUGAUAUGGGCAAUCAGGUCAGCAUUCCUGGUUUUUAUGAAGUCAUUUUAUCGAACGGGGUGUAUGAGCGUCUGACGUUUGCCGUUCACUUGGUCGGACAAUAUGAAACGCUGAACUACUUUCCGACGGACGAAAGAUACGUCCGGACGCCAGUUUAG